AUGAACCUGAAUGACAAUGAAGAAAAAAAUGUGCCUGAAGAAAGUGAUGUUCAAACAACUCUUAAACCAUCAAUUUCAAUGAAAAAUUUUAAAGAAAUAAGAAAUGUGAUUUCAAAUCUUAUAUUACAAGGAUCUAAUGAAAAAUCAUGCAGAGAUUUGGAAUGUUAUAGAAAGAAAGAAUCUAAUAAUUUUUUUGUUGAUCAGUGA